UUUCAGUUUGGCAUCUGGGUUUCUUGAUGAGGAUCAGUUUAUUCAUGUGACAUUUUUCCAGAGGAAGAAUUGUAGCUGUAUAAAUAGGUGAACUAGUUCUGGUAUGGCAGAAAGUAGUAUAUCAAUGGUGCAAGGACAUGAUAUUUCUGAACUAGAAGAAGCACUUUAUGCGCAGCAACAGCUUUUGCAGAAGCUUAAUACUGAAUUAGAUGUGGAAAGGGAAGCUUCAGCCUCUGCAGCUAUCGAAGCCUUAUCCAUGAUAUUACGUUUACAAGGCGAAAAAGCUUCGCUGAAGCUCGAAGCAACUCAAUACAAGAGGAUGGCAGAGGAAAAGAUGUGUCAUGCUGAGGAGUCUCUAGCCGUUUUCGAAGAUCUAAUAUAUCAGAGAGAAAUGGAGAUUGCGUCUCUUGAAUUUCAAGUUCAGGCUUAUCGGUAUAGACUCCUGAGUUUGGGAUUGAACGAUUUGGGUGUUUACGAAAACAAAUAUCCCGAGAAUAUGUUAAUGCAGAGAAAUGACACUUCCUUUACAGAAAAGAUUGUUACUGGAAAUCUUAGAAGACUCAAUUCUCUGCCUCCUCAAGUUCCGAUCAAAGAUCCCAACCCGAAGAAAACUUUUAUCGAUAAAAAAAGACCAUUGACACCUAUGUCAGAUUCAUCCUCAAGCCCUUUCGAAGAACAUACUACUCGCGAAAUCAAUGAUUCAGGUAAGAAACUAGGAAGCUCUGUGACGGUAGACCUUAAUUUAUACUGGGAUCAGAUAAAUAAAUUGGACGAACGGGUGAAAGAAUUUUCGGAUAACAAAGAUUCUAUCAGGAAAAACAAACAAGCGCUAUGGAAGGGCGGUACAUGGUCGCCUUCAAUGUUUUCACAAAUGAGCAACGGCACAUCCAUUGAUGGUGCUAUUUCAGAUCAAGUUAAGCAUCAGGAAGUGAUCACGGACAGUGUUAAUUCUGCGAGUUCAUCGAAUGUGCAGGAUAUUUUUGAAGUUGUUCCACAAGUUACUGAGAAAUGUAAAGCUAAGAAGGAUUAUUACAGUAAAUUGACAGUGAAUUGUGAUGACAAACCAGAUUUAGUCAGUGAAGAAGACUUGAUGGAAUCACCGAACCAAAUAAAGACAAUGCUGCUCACUGCAAGCCAAGAGAAAAAUACAUCAUCUAAAUCAAAAACUAUAGAACGCUGUGUUUCGUCUGCUUUUCAAGCAGUAAAUGUAGGAAAUUCUCCACCCGAACUGAAGCAGAUUAAUCGGAGAAUCGAGAGGCUUGAGAGAGCCAGGAAUAGCACGAGACAUGAAAUAGUGUGUAGAGGAGAAGAGGAGUUGAAUUUGCUGAAGGAGAUACGAGAACAGCUGAACUCCAUACAGUCCGAAAUGAAAAGUUCGAGAUCUAAGAAGUCGUUUUUCCCGCUUGAACCUUCUUUAGAUACUCUACAAGAGGCGAUGCUGUACUUCUGGAUGUAAUCAAUGAUUGUUCAUUGGAUUUUGGCAUCAGCCUCGCACAAAGGACUGUAAAGAGAGGUAUUUACUCUAAGAAUGGUGUUAACAUUGACAGAAAAUAUUUUGUUUGGCGUAUGAAGUGCAUUUGUUGUAGAAUUUGAUACCGUAUAUUAGUCUCGUUGUAGGCAUAUAUCAUCCAACCAUGUAUUUUUUUGAUGAAGAAACUAGAGUCGUGCAUUGUUACUGUAAAGUAUAAUGGAUAUUCAUAUACCUUAUAAUACUUGGAUUUUCGGAGUUUUAAAUCUAUAUCAUGUUUGUUUCUUC